AGUUUCUUCCUGCCGAAAAAGAGAACGAACAUCGACAUCGUUGCGUGUUGCACGCAGUCGUUGAUUUUCUGCCCUUCAGAUGUCAGUAAAGAUGCCAAUUCUCCUGAGGAGCAGGAGUGGCGCUCCAGGGUGGAGCAGCAGGAGCCAGAGCCUCCCCGCAUUAAAGAGGAAGAGGAUGAACACAGUAUCAAUGAGGAGGGUGAGCAGCUUGGGGGGCUUGACUUCCCAGUGAUUCGCGUCAUCGUGAAGAAUGAAGACGACGAAGACGAGCCUCACUCCUCACAGCUUCAUGGUAGCGACGGCAUCACACCAGGACAUGUCGUUAUUAGAUUGGGGUCCCGUGAUGCAAGUGCUUGUCCUCCUCUUCUGGCUCUCGUUGUCUUACGCCGAUGAGGAUUGCCUGGAGUCCAACAAUAUCUUUACCACUAUUGGGCAGACCGCCAACUGUGCCAAAGAGAACAACAAACUUACAGAGAGCAAGUACUGUGAAGACGUGCUCUCUGAAUGCCUUGCUCAAAGUUCCUGGAUCAGAUGUUAUAAGCAGCAGAUUGUAAAAUGCAAAUCAAGAGGACGAGGUGGGAGCAGCUUCAUUUUUAGGACGGUCGACCCUUCCGAAGAGAGCAAGGAGCGCCCAACUCCAGAACAUGGUGUUCACAUCCCAUCGUCAGCCCUCCAGAGAAGCAGAGCACCCGAGUCCACGGACCUGGUGGUGGUGGUGGUCACUGUGCUUGACAGCGCAUAUUUCAAGCCCCCAAGAAAACGAAGAAGAUUCCUUCCUGGCCCUCCAGGCACAGUGUUGGGGGGGACUGUCCUGGUGGUGCAGGCAGGUUUAAACCCGCUGCAGAACCUCUCAGAACCCAUCACCAUGACCUUCAAACACAACAAGAAGGUUGCCAACGGGACUUGUGUGUUCUGGGAGGAGAUAAAUGAAGAAGACGGAACUGGUCACUGGAGCACAUUCGGCUGUAUCACCAAUAACACUAGCAAUGAAUUUAUUUGUCGUUGCAACCAUUUGAGCUUCUUUGCUGUACUUGUGAACCCUGAUCUCUCACUGAGUGAAGAGGACGCCUUCAACCUGAGUUUGAUCACUUACGUGGGAUCAGCGCUCUCCGUCAUCUUCACCAUCAUCAGCUUGAUCAUCUACUCGUGUGUAAACAAGCGGCAGCCAGAAAGAGCCAUCGGCCUGCACAUGCACCUGACGGCGGCGCUGCUGUGCCUACACCUCUGCUUCUUGCUCUGCUGCUUGUGGGCCUGGAGGCUCGGCAAGCAGCAGACCGACUGGUUCUGCGGGGCUCUGGGCUUCCUUCUGCACUGGUCUCUGCUGGCCACUGUCUGCUGGUCGGCCUUGGAGGGCUUCCACCUGUACCUCCUGCUGGUGCGUGUCUUCAACAUCUACAUCAGGAGAUACCUGCUCAAACUCAGCGUGGUGGGCUGGGGUAUUCCCACACUGAUCGCUUUGAUUUGUGGAGCGUCUGGUGUUUAUGGCAAAUACACGCUGAAAUUGCGGGACUCUGACAACUCCAAUAAUUCAACAAUGCAGCUGUGCUGGAUGAACAACAAAUUCAUUCAUAGGCAAGCAGUCAUUUAUGCUACCACGAUGGUCUUCCCGUGCCUGGUGGUGGUCUUCAACUCCUGCAUGUUGGGCCUGGUAGUCUUCAAGCUGUGGAGGUUGCGAGCAGGCGGCGGGCCGAAUGGCGCCAGGGAGAAGACCAGCAGGUUGUGGAAGGACUGCGUGACCGUGCUGGGCCUCAGCUGUGUGCUGGGCUUACCUUUUGGACUGUCUAGCGCCACCUACGUCUCCCUGCCAGGAAUCUACAUCUUCACCGUGCUCAACUCCGUGCAAGGGGCCUUUGUGUUCCUGUGGUCCUUGGCGUUAACGUACAAGUCUCGGUCGGACGCCGCCUCCUCCUCAAAAUACACGUCCUCUCAAAGAAUCAUGACCACUAGCUUCAACAGCUGACACACCACUUACACACACUUUAUCAGGUAUGUGUGUGUGUGUGUGUGUGUGUUAGCGCACUGAUAGUUUUUUUUGUCACACCCACACCGGAGGAGGAAGAGGAUGAUGAUGAAGAAACACUGUCUGCUGCCACAGGGAGCGAUCCGGAGGGUCCUACUGGAACUGUGUCUUAAUAUUAUGUAUAGCUACUGGCAGUGCCCAUUCAUUUACAUUCUCGAGUGGAAUUUGGAGUUUGACAUGUACACUGAAUAGAUAAUAAUAAUAAUAAUAAUAAUAAUAAUGAGAUGAGCAAAGAUAAUGGACAAACUAGCUCAUUCUUGUCCUUCAACAGAACAUGGCUGGGCACUACCAGAGGGUCCAUCAACCUCAACAGCACAGCUUGACACAGUGAGAUUUUCAGUCAAUACCAUGUUAAAUCUGUAUGUAGAAUUGUGUGUGGGAUUAAGUGUUGGCCAUGUUUCCCAGUUAAGGAGUUGUACAGGGUGUACCUCAAGCAGAUUAUUAAAACAGACCUUGAAAUUCUAUGACUGAAACGCCAGUUGAGGUGGGUGCAUUGUCAUGGUGAAUAUAUGAAAUAUGUUAAUGGUUGAGACUUUAUUACAAAUCCUGACUGUUGCUUUUGUACUCUUAGGCAAUAAAGAAGAACCACAUCACA